UAAUUUUGCUUACAAAUGAAAAUAUAUUCCUGCGUACAAAUGGCCCACAUUUAAUAAAGUGUGCCCGUUUUUACAACACUGCGGCCGUAAUAAACUUUAUUACAUUGUAAAGGCUGACUGCCGUAAAUAUUCACCUGUUCUAGUUCUGUUUGCAGGCAAUCUGUUAUUGCAGUUAGAACGAACUUAAUUCAACCCAAAAGGUUCCUAAACCAUAACUUCGUCCUCGCUAACUUAUUAUCUUCAUAGUUUUUUUAGCGCUCUGGGUAUGAUGGUUUGCAUUUUACGCAAACAAGGCAUUUUUAAAGUAGCUGUUGAUAUAAAAAAUGAUACGCAUUCUUUGGUUUAGCCUACCAGCUGAAAGGUUUCUGCAGCAGUAGAGAGAUGUGAAACCAGAAUUAUAGUAGAGGGUGGGGAAGAUAAGACGCCUUUCUAUUCUAUUUCAUCAUGCUAUUUGGUAUUAAACAAAAAUCGUUGAAAGAAUUAAUAAACCGUACCUCAUUAGGUAUUCUAUAGACCGGUGUUAAUUGUUUAAAACGCGAAACAUAUGCGCUAAAGGUGUCCCAUAUUACCCCAACCUAUACUAUACAGUGAAAGAAAAACCACUCGCUAGAAUUGCACAGCCUACUUUAAAACGUUCCGUUUUUGUCUAAAAUGUUAGUCAUUCAAUACGUCUACUGACAUAGCUUUAUUGAUGAUAGGCUGCAACUGUUCAAACUCAAGUUUUUAUUAAAACAUUUUUAGAUUAUACACAAACUAGAAUCAAAAUGUCCGACGGUACGUAUUUUGGACCAGUGGAUUUCGUUGUGUUCAUAGGUAUGCUGCUGGUUGCCAUGGGGAUUGGAGUCUUCUAUGCCAUCAAAGACAGGAAGGAGAAAAGUAAAGAUAAUUAUUAUUUCGGUGGCAGCAACAUGUCUCCAAUACCCCUCGGACUUUCUAUGUCUGCCACUUUCAUAUCGGCAAUCACAAUAAUUGGUUUCCCAACAGAAACUUAUCUAUUUGGAUCCAUUGUGUUCUGGUACUGCUUUGCCAGCGUCAUACCAACCAUUGUUGCUUCACUAUACUACAUACCUUUGGUGCAUCGUCUGAAACUCAAAUCCAUAUUUAUGUAUCUUGAGCUACGAUUCCAUAGAUAUCUCCGAUACCUUGCUUCUUUCCUAUCAAUAUUCACAAUGAUUUUCUACAUGGGGAACACAAUAUAUAUACCAGCCCUUGCAUUGAAUGCGGUAUCUCCAUUAAGCAUACAAUGGACAAUUGCAAUCACAAGUCUUGUGUGUACAUUCUACACAACACUGGGUGGUAUGAAAGCAGUUAUAUGGACUGAUGCUCUUCAAUCAGUAAUAAUGUUAAGUGGAUCACUGGCAGCACUAAUAAAAACAACUACUUUUGGUCGGUGGGUUUGGAAAUGUGUGGGAAACACUGGAGAGAAGUGGAAGAUUGAAUGUGUUUCAGUGGUAAUAUCAGUUAUUUACAACAGAAUGAACCCAGAUCCUCGUAUUCGAUACACUUUCUGGUCGAUUAUGACAGGAGUUUCAGUAACUUGGUGUGGCGCGUUAUGUAAUAAUCAAGCUAUAACUCAGAGGUUUCUGUCAUGUGACUCGGUAAAAAGUGCUCGAAUAGCUGCAGCAUUUGCAGUGUUGCCGAAUGUGGGAUUCACUUUAAUAGCAGUGAUGACCGGGUGUGCGAUGUACGCAUAUUACGAAACAUGCGACCCUGUCCUGAACGGAGAAGUAGCCAAACCUGACCAACUCUUGCCACACCUAGUGGUGGAUAUAUUCCAAGAAGUACCAGGAAUGGCAGGGCUCUUCGUGUCCGCUGCCUUUAGCGGAACACUCAGCACUGUGUCAUCGGGUAUUAACUCACUUGCUGCUCUUCUUCUUGAAGAUUUUAUUCUUCCACGAAAACCAAACCUUAAUCAAGUGAUGCAACUCACUAUAAGUAAAUUUACAGUUGUGUCAUUUGGUGGAAUUGUCUUUUGUUUUGCCAUGUUGAUAGAAAAAAUAGGAGCAACUGUAAUACAGAUUGGGUUCACUAUUGCUGGAACGCUAAUGGGGCCUUUGCUUGGUGUAUUUACCCUUGGAUUAUUUAUACCAUGGACAACAUGGAAGGGCGCAUUAACUGGUCAGAUCACUGCCACAAUCCUUAUAACAUGGCUGGCAAUUGGUGGAUUAUUAAACCCAAGUUCCGAUGGGAUGUCGCAACCAUUACCACGAUCUACUGAAGAAUGUCCUGUACUUACAAGUUUAGGAACAAACACAACAUCCACAUCGACUACCAUGUCAACUACUAUUAUACACAACACAACUAUGGAUGAUGUUCCUUUGUAUAACGAUGGAUCAAUAGCGAACACACUUUAUGCACUGUCCUAUCUUUACUAUGGACCAUUGGCUGUUAUAAUUACCAUGCUUGUUGGAAUUCCCUUUUCAUUUAUAACAGGAGCAAACAAAGCAGAAGAUAUGAACCCCGAACUUUUUGUUCCGAUCAUUGACAACAAAAUCUUUCCUGAAAAAGUCCGCAAGUUCUUUCGAUACGGAGUACCUGAGAUGAAGUAUGCAGAUGAAGAAGAAAUGUUUAAACUAAAACCAGAACCGGAAAUAACUAAAAAAAUGAUCAUAGUUGACACUGAAUCAGUUUUAUGAACCCUUGCAUUGAUACACAUACAAGCAG